UGUUUCCCCAGCACGGGGGCUCCCCCCAAUAUUUAGCAAAUAAAAAGUAUCAUGGUUCCUGGAGGCGGUCGCUCCAGCCACAGCAACCUGGGCCGUUCUCGUGACCGCAGCCCGUAUAGAGAUAACAGAGCCCCCAGAACGUCGCUCAACGCUACCUCUUCCGUUGCACAUGAUGGUGGCUCUGUAACUGCUCGGGGAGCUGCCCUUGCUUCAUCCAGUGCUAUUGCCCCCGGGGUCGUCGGAGUGACCAGCACCAUGCAGAAGCUACCCGCGAGCGUUCGGAAGUCGUCUACGCCGGCGGAGAAAAUAACAAGCGAGGUAAAUAAAGAAACUGGAGAUGUAGUUGGAAUGCCACUUGCUGGAACUACAUGUGGCGGAAAGAUAAACAGUGCCUCGCCCGCUGCUAGGCAAGACCACCAAGAAGACGCCAGCAGCAGACACAACGGUGUGGAGCAUCAAGGUGAUAGUGCUAAUCAUGAUCAUCGUCCUUCCAACACGACACCAUCUAGUUGUAUCAUUCCCGCCGCUGCUGCAAGUGCAACGUUGCUCCAGCACGAGAACCAAGGUAGCCUUCCUGAGAUGAAAGUCGCACAACUCUCGACGACGUCUGGCGCUGCACCGAAUGUCACUACGAGAACGUCUAUCGCACCUGCAGAAAAAGAACAAGCGGAACACUACACCGAGCGGCGAAGUAGCAUCGAAAAUCAUGCUGCAGUGCCGAAGAAUCCGCUGAAAAAGGUGACCCGGGAGGGGAUUGCCAGCCGCAGUCCGAUCAAGAUUUUUGCCGCUGCUGCAGCGGCCGAGCGUGCAGCAGUUGGAACUACAACUACCGACAAUAUUUCAUCGAAUCACGAACAGGACACCACACAACACGAAAAGUCCGGGCGGCGUGUGUCCUCCACGAACAUCAUCAAGAAAGACCAGCAGCAGGCCAUUUUGCUCCCGCACCAGGCGACGGACCAUCACGCCAAUAAUCCUUUUCUCCAGUCCUCGGGGCCGGAGGAAAAUAGCGUGGAGGCCGGUCUGGAUCUUCCAGAAGGGGGCGACGUCAGGAUGUCGGUGGUGGGAGGUGCGGGAGACGAGGAAGACGCGCAGCAGGAACUUGCGCCGGCAGGGGGUUCUACUCAGGAGGUUCUCGCGCCAUCUUCGGUGGAAAACAGCAAUGCUCAACAUCCCGUGGUUGUGGAGCCAGAGGCAGGCACUAGUGUUAUAUCUUCGCAGCAGGCUCUACUUCCACUGCGAACCAGCGCGGGCACGGAGAUGGAACUUCUCGUGCAGGAGGACCAAGGCGAAAGUCUUGCGGGGCAGCAGCGACGAUCGACUGGUGCGGAGGGCCGUGGAACUACACAGAGAACCAGUGGUGGAAAUGGUGGUCCUCCUGCUGCCGCGAUGGACCACCAGCAUCAAGGAGAUCUUCCGCGCAAGGAUUCAGGCGUGCUUAUCCUGAGUAAAAACGUACCCACACCAGAGUCAGGAUGGGGAAUCUGCUAGACAAAUCAGCCAGCUUUGGUUGUUUGGCAUGACAAGUUUGUCCGCGCAGUGUAGUGCUGUUUGAGCUAGUUUAGCAGCAUUACAGAUCUAGUAUCUCGUGCUGAUUGGAGCAUGACAAAUUUCAAAACCGCAUUAGAAAAUGCUUCUCAUGGGGCUCCGCAUGAGAAACAUUUUAAGCAUGCAGAGUUGCAUGACAACUAUGGCGUGGGUACGUUUUUACUCAGAAUAGUCCUGGAGAUCACGCGUCCGCGCGAUUUACCGGCGGACAAGCGGCGGCCGUAUUCCUACGGCGCCCAGGCGGCCAAAACCUUCGUGGCCAAGUUUCGGGAGCGAAAGAAAAACAGCAAUGGGGCAAAUCCGACACCCAAGAGCCAGGCGAGCCAAGGCAGCGCGCGGAAAAGCGGGGGGGAUCAUCAGCUUCCAGUCGUGCCGUACCCGCCGACGCAGAGAACGUCCAACGGAGGAGACCGGGGGCAGCAGCACCUGACGACGCAGAGAACGUCCAACGGAGGAGACCGGGGGAGGCAGCGGCCGAGCGCUGCAGAGCUACUAAAUGCGGACCAAAAAGAGGCAGUGCCCCGCAGCUCAAGCGAGAUCGCUCGCCCGAAUGACACGACCCUUCCGUCUGGUAAUAGCGGUCUGCAUCCGAAGCCCGCGGCGGGAAGGAGAGCCGGGGGGAGACGGUCGCGCAGUCGAGGUACUUGAUUGAUAUGGUUGCAACAGUCUCGCUUGUUCCGUCAUUGUCUUGAGGUUACUGCACAGAACAACUAGUUCAUUUGGCACCUACGUGCUGGAUUUCUACUUACUGCCCUUGUGUUGAGUCAGGCCAAAACAAUGAAGCACUGUAUAGCCCCCAUGCCACGGCAAGUGCUAAAUGAUGAUGCAAAUUUGAUACCACAAGAAAUAGAUUUAGAACCAACUCCGCAGGGACGAAAGGAGCAAGAAGAGAGACCGAGGUGUUUUUCCACCCAACCCCAUUUUUUAUAUUCUUUACAUCCGCCAUCAAAAUAUUAAACACAGGCACUAGCGGCGCGAAGACGGGUACGAACAGCACGCGCAACAACCACCGGCGUGACAACAACGGGAAGCACCAAUCAUCUCGACACAACGACGACGACAAGGAGUUAGAGAUUCUCCGACCGAAGGACCACAACAGGCAUCCUCGCGACCAAAACGCCGUGCAGCUCCGUAGCAGACAUGCGAUCGACCAGCAAAACACACGAGGAAGCGGUAGCGGAAAAAUGAUCAACGGAGGUGGGAGCACGAACAAUGCGAGGAACAGCACUAUCGGACAAGGUACUUCCAAUGGGGGUGUAGUUGCUAACCCCCGAUCCUCCACGACAGGAGCUCAAGCUCAUACGAACAAGCGGACCCGGGAAGGAGCCGAAUCGGGCGCGGUUUCAUCACGGAUGAACCGAUCCAAGGAGCGGCGAAGGAGCAACAGCGCCAAACGCCGACGCGACGGCGAGGCAGAUCGGCGGGACCGGGACAUCAACGGGCGCGACCGGCCGGGCAACGUCCGGGACCGAGAAAGAGACCGGGACCGGGAAAGAGACCGGGAUAGAGAUAGGGGAGCGGACAUCCAGAAACUACAGCAGCAGCUUCAACGCGAGAAUAAUCAUGGCAACAGCGCAGGGGCUCCAGCUGUUGUUUCCACAACAUCCAGACGGGGCGGCGAUGACAAUUAUAGCGACAACAAGCGGGAGCCGCGGGACCACAGAGGUACUACUAACCAGCACCAGCUUAACAGCCGCGGCACGGUUGCAGAACAGCCUGCCGCGAGAAGCGGCCGCGAGCGAGAUCGGGAUCGAGAUCGAGACCGUCCGAAGUCCCGCGACCGCGAGCGAGAACGUGACAGAGACGGCACUAGAGACAGGAACAACGACAACAGAGAUCAUCUUCAACUACACAGCAGAGAUAACAACAACAAUACUAGAGACCUCGUCCACAGGUCAGACCGCCACGACAACAACCACGGUGGUUCAUCUUCUGUGCUACACAAAACCACAUCUACCCGCAGCGACAACCGCGACCAAAGCCGGCGACGGAACAACAAAAACCAGUACAACAACCACUCUUCAUCCCCCAACACAACGAACAAAGACCGACCUGCUCGUUCCAGAGACCAGACCAGAAGUACUCGCCGCGGGGAGCAAAGUAAGAACGCGGGUACAUCUAUCCCUCAACAUCGCACCCGCAGUGCGAGCGACCGCAGCAGGAGCAACCACUCCGCGACCAGCAGAAAUAACCUAAGAAAUAAUAGCGCUUCUCAUCAUCAUGCGAUGUUGAGCAACCAGAGAAGUAAUAACCCAAAGCCGCAGCAACUGCCCGAACCGCUGGGCCGCCGGGUGCGGGGCCACAAACUCGGAGUGCAGCCCAAGGUGGAGCAGCACCACGUGGAGGGGUUCCUGCAGCGCUGCGGGUUCCUUUCGGGCGGGGCGUUCGGCAAGCAAAGUGAGGACCUGGACAAGUUGCAGAAUUACCUGCGGGACUUGACGAACAACGAACUGCUGCGGGUUUUCGCAGAAGGCGACAUUGAGAACGCACGGAACCCAACGGCGGUGUGCAUCGCGCGGAUACGGAAGGCGAAAAAGGCCGAGGCAAAUCGAGAACCGGUAUUUGGAUUUGUUUUUUCUAUUGUUCCUGAAAAAGAAAAUCAUGUAAAUGAUAUAGUAAGUACUAUAGUGCGGUUUUUGAAUGAGCUACAAUAUGAACUCGCAAGUAGUGAGGGGUCUGGGUCAGCGAAGUACCCAAUCGCGUGAUGAUAAAAACAGGUACCCCGCGUCGAGUGGUUGAUUUUGGAGCAGAAUUGCGAACCCGACCAAGCUGUGAACGAUUUUCCCAGCAUGGAUAGCGUGGAACGCUUCUGCCGCAAAAACGGGUAUCAUUUCUUUCUGCAUAGUACAGAUGAACCGUUUCAAGCUGGUGCAAACUGGUUUCUGAUGACCUACAGUAAACAACUGACGAAUGUGAUGAUGUUGUACUAAAGCCCUCCGAAGUUGUUCCUGCUUGAUGCUACACUACUAGAAGUUUCAUCUUGAUACUCUAGCAACUACAUGUUAAAGAUUCCAAUGCAACAUAGCUCUCAACAAGUUGUAGAUGACCACCAUGUAGAUGCACGAUCGAUCGAUCCAACUGAACUUAAACGCCUCGCAGACUCGACCAGCUGAUGGAAGACAGUUUGAAGGCGAUGCCGGACGGCAUUUUGGAAUACCUGAACCAACGCAAAGACUGGACGGUGACGUCCGUUCCCAAGCAGGAGCUGGACCAGGGAUCGACGACUGUGUCCACCCCCGCCUCCGUGCAACAGUUGAAUCUGCUAGAGACCAUUGCCGGGGAGGAGUUUUUCGUGCAAACUUGCGAGAUGCACGCCUUCUGGCGCGACUACUGCGUGGAGCACUUCACGAAUCUCCUGCUCUCCGAAGCCAUCUCCAGCCCGAACGGAGGCGGGGAUAGUGAGGCACAGCGAGGACUACAGGGCCACAACGCAUCAAGUUCGCUGGACGACGACCUGAUGCAAUUGUCGCACAAGGACGAGGAGAAGCUGGAGAAGGUCCGGCAACGGUUCUUCCGCGCGAAUUUGCAGAAGCAGAUGAAGAUCCGGGACGAGUGGCUGCGCAUCGUCGCGGACAACCGCAACCCGCGGAUGAACGUGAGCUGCAUGGAAGACAAGUUGUUGCAGCUGGACGAGAUGCUGAAGCUGUUGCAGUUCGACUACAAGGACUUCACCGCGGAACAGUACCUGGAGAAGAACGAGAUCCAGCUGCACAGCGAGGUGGGCAUCCUGUUCGAGCAGGCCAACGCGAAGGUGCAGAAACUCAUCAUGGAGGAGGGACCCCUGAACCUGAACCUGUUUCGCUACCAGCUGAAAACCAAAACGCUCACCGGCAUGUUCUCAAACAGUAACUCGCCGGCGAACGGCACUGGUUGUGGGGAAAACACGUCGUCCGUUGCUGGCAACAUGCAAGUAGAAAAUAACCAACAGGCCACUGGUCGGCGCGAUCUGUUCGGGGAACACAAGGAGGCUCCUGUAGCGGAUGCUGGAAGCGACAAUACCGCGAUGGUUCUUUCCCCGUCCCUGGAGGAUAUCCAACCGGAACCGGUCACAGAAGACGGCGAAGGUAUUAAUGUAGCAGCUGCAGCACCAUCCGCCGUGGAGACCAAAGAUGGACUUCAAGAAAGCAAAGACGGUGAGAGCGCCGAUGCGGAAAUGAAGGACCCGGCGACUGAGACGGCCAAAGACCAGGAAAAAUCUGCUGAUGCCGCGCAAAUAAACGGGGAGAAACAGGAAACAGGGGAAUCAAAAAACGACAAGAAAAUGGAAAUCGACACGGAAAUGGUCAAUGAACAGCAGGAUGAGCAGGAAGAGAACCCCGACCACUUGCAGACCAACAAGGAACCGCUCGAACGGCCGACCACGACCACGACGGCUGGGAACUCGUCCGCAACCAGUUCUGCGGAGGACCAGGACUGCGACGACCAGCAAAUGGUGAUCCCCGCACCGGUUUCUCUGCCGGAUCCGACUUCUGGUAAUAAUGAGCAGCAAACAAAUCACCUCCCGUUCCAGCACCAGCCGCAGUUUUUUCUCACGGAGCAGGAGAGGCACGAGUCCCGGCUGUUUCUGCAGAAGCGCAUCCUGUUUUACGAGCAGGACCUGCUGCGACGGGAGAUAUCCACGGACCCAAAAACGAAGUACGCGAACACUUACUACCACCACAACGACCACUUUGCAGGCGGUGGUGACGUCAAUGCUCUUGGUCACACAGAAAGAUCUUCCAGUGGGAUCAUGAUGAACAAAACCCAUUCGUCUGUUUCGCAACAGCCGUUCCCCCGCACCGGGAGCUCCAGCUCCUCGUCCGGAACCGCCGGGGCUUUCAACGCAACUCUCUCCGCAACCACAAACGCCUCACAUGUUGGCUCCACGCCGAACUCCCGCAUGAUCAACUUUUCCGAUCUGGAGCAGAACGGGACCCUGAACGUGGCCAGCAUGACCGUCGUGAACCCGGAAGAGGGGAAGUUGCUCAGCACCAGCACCUUCAACAUUCCACCCUUAGGUAGCAGUCUCGUUCCCGGUGGAGCAGGAGGCACCACAGCCGGCAGCAACCCGAACGGCAACAAGCUGCACCACAAGAUGCACGAGAAGAAUCACGGGCGCGGGGUGCAGUUGCAGAAGACGAUGUCGACGAAUAGUUUGUCGAAAAACAGCAACAAUAACAACAAGAAAAGCAACAACACCUCGUCUAACGCGUUCUACGUGUCCCGCCCGGAAGAAAAGGCGAAGGAUGUGAAGUACUGCGAAAAGUGGCUCAACGACCAGGGCGUGGAUGUGUACGCCAAAGCUCUGUUCUUCGAGCAGAACGACUACGAGCGGUCGCAGGUGCUCGCGAUGGGCUCGCUGCUGAAUCAGGGCAACGUGUCCGCGGUCUUGGUGUCCCGGCUCGGUAAGGCGACCGGAAGGGGCAGGGUGAUUGUAGACGACUAUUGGGACAGGUAUUUUAUACGAUCUCUUCGUCUUGAUCAUCUUGCGGCCAUCUGUUGUAGUUAUUUUUUGCAAGUAGAAGUGUCUUCGUGAUGUUGGUAGUACUGCAGCCGGCGCAGCACUUCUGAUAUUGGCAUUCCACUGUAAUAUGAGUGUGCUGUCGCAUCGCGCCUCUUUGUCUUGCUUUCAUGGCAUCUUGUGUACUGAUGUUCCUUGAACGACUCUCGAGAUGGAGUCAGCCAUGUCUAUGGAGCAGCGUUUAUUGACCAAAUACUUAAAAAACAGGAAAAACAAUCCUUCGUCGCAAAAAAACGCGAAAAACGCGAAUUCAAGUAGCAGUUCGAGUAGCAGCAAUGCGCAGAACACGGCCGAGGAAAAUAACGGGAAGACAACGCAACUCCCGCCGGGAGGCGGAAACAAGGCCACAAGCAGUGCGCAAAACAGCAGUAUUGAAGAAGUGGACGAAUCCAAACUGGAUGAGGAGCUCGUGGACCAAAUCAAUGAGUUCUGCCAAGUCAACCAGUUGAACGAAUCGGUACGGAAAAAGCUGCUCGCCUGCCCGGAUGGUAAUUUUGUUUUUUUCGUGACACGUUUCAUUUUUCUGAUGUUUUUUCAUUCCUGAACAACUCAUACCUGCACGAUGUUUGCUUUGUGAGACGUGUUUCUACAUCUGCGAAGCUGGUGGGGAAAUUUAUAGGGAUUGGAAUAAACAAAAAUGACAAAAAUGCUAAUUAAAACCUGAAACCUUGAAUAUUAAACAGGCACGAUAGAAGCGGUGACGGAAAAAAUGGAGGUGGAUCCCAAUCUCUCGGGCUCGGAGCUGAUCCUUAAGAAAAUCGAGGAGUGCGGCCGCCGACUGCCCCACCUGGCAGACGUGCGCGUUUUUCUACGUGAUAACUUGGUCGAUGAGCGGGCGACGGAGAUGUUCCUGGGCUGUCACGACUGGCAGCAGCGGGAAAUCAUUCUCAACGCAAAGGUAUUAAAUGCGAUUGUUGUUCGCACAAGUUUUUUACUUUUAUUCGGAGACACUUGCACUUGUUUCGACAAGCAGAAUGUAUGGUGUAUCAGUCGACGAUGAUGUAAAAUGCCUUCAGAGAGAACUACAGGAUGAUGAAAUGAUGUGCAUGCUUAAUUUGUAGUCGGGACAAGUUAGAAAUGAAUGUCUUAGAGGAAACGUUUUCUUUGCACGCGAAGGUUUAUAAUCGCUCACUGUGAAAAGCAAAAUACAACAAACUGAAACUACAAACACAAAACAGACGACCGACCUAUCGAAGAUGCGGAAUCCCAGCUCCUGGGUCGUUACGGCGAUCGUGCAGGUUCGAAAGCGGCCCCGUCCGGAUCAGCGGGGACGGAUGUUCCAAGGAGCGAAGUAAACCGCGACACUUUCUUAGGAAUUCUAAAGCAAGAAGAAAUGAGCUAGUUUCAUCAAUCCACUAACGUACUUUGGACCUUCAAAAAUGCAAAUGCUUGCUCUGCGUAAAAGAAGUGUUGUGCAAAAAUGAAAAUCAUGAUCGUAUCUGUACCAGUCGUCCGUUGUCUCCUUAAAUUUUACAUUUUUGUCAUUUCUAGUAGAAAUUUGGUUCUCGAGCACUAUGAAAAUCAAGGAAAUUCUUUGUGCAAUUGGAAGGAUGAACAGCAUUCAUGGCUUUCCGGAAAGCUUCUUUUCAAUGCAGCUCCACGACAUCUCGCGACAGCUUUAUGUUUAUUUUCGUAGCUAUAUCUCUUCAGAUCAACAUGUUCUUUAGCUAACGUCUGGACCAAUUAGCUCCGGAGAGGUCCUUCCGCAGAUGAAGGUCCCUCUUCGGGCUGCUGAGAAAAUGAAAUGUUACUUACCUGUACUUCGCGAUAUAGUAUUAGCGCGAACCUGUAGCGCUACCAGUGAACCCACCUAUAACUUUAUUUCUAGAGGUAUGCACUAGAAAUAAAAUCAGUAAAAAGUAUCGGCUCCAUCGACUGAAUGGCUCUCCGAACCAAGACGCGCGCUUUUCAAAAGACGUUGCUGCACCCAUCUAAAAUUAUUUGAAAGUAUGACAAAACAAGUUCGUAGUUUAGUUCUACGCCAAACAAGAAGGUAUCUAUCGUAGUCCGUAUUUUAGUACGCUCUUCACGUUCACCAAGUUGCGUAAAAGAACACAGCAGAAAAAUGAAAUUGUAAGUCG